CUGCUUGCGUCUACUAGCGGAAGGAGACUGUGGGAAACAAGCGAGCGCCCAAGACAGUGACAGCAUUUUUGUGGUGCAUGGACGCAUCAUCAAACAAACAACCACCCUGAACCCACAACAAUUUCACAGAGCAAUCAGCGCCCCCUGUCGACGAUGAGUGGAGUCGCAGCCCCUCCCUCCCCCGUGUCACGUGACCCCAUUGGCAAGCAAAGCAAAGCGGCAGCAAAGCUCGGCGAGCCUCCCCGUCCUCAGCCUCAUCCCCAUCCCCACCGCGAGCACGACCGGCCCCAGCCCAGCGACAGCCACCGCCGCGAGCCGGCACUUGCGCCAUCUGAGGUCGGCGGACGCCAUGGCGGACCCCCGCUAAGAGGCGCGACUUCGGAGCCCCCUUUCUUUGUUCUCCUCGCAGUGCGCCUUUCGCUGAGGAAGAAGCGACGAAGAGGAGGGAGGAAGGAGGAGGCUGAAGGUGUUUUCACCGCUGUACGAGGCGGAAUGGCGGACCGCGAGGCGUCGCCGAUACCGUUGGAGAUCCGAGCCCGCCUGGCGGAGCUGGAGCUGGAGCUGUCAGAGGGCGACAUCACUCAGAAGGGUUAUGAGAAGAAGAGGUCCAAGCUGAUCAGAGCGUUUGUUCCACAUGCUGGAGGAAUGGAAGGUCCAAUGUCUCACCGGGUCCCGCUGGGCCCGCCCUCUGCCGCCCGCUUCCACCGCCGGCGAACAUCGGGCACGAGAGACGAGCGAUACCGUUCAGACGUCCACACGGAGGCGGUCCAAGCUGUGCUGGCACGCCACGUGGAGCGGAAGGUGGCGGUGCCCAUGCCGUCCAAACGGCGCUCCCUGGUGGUGCAGACCUCCAUGGACGCGUACACGCCGCCAGGCUUGUCGCCCCUGUGCUCAGACUCCUCGUCGGGCUCGGAGGAGGAGGCGGGCCCCUGCGACGACAUGUCGGGCAUGGAACACUGGAUGGGCCGCCCGUCCCAGCUGGGCCCCGCCCAUUUGGGCUCCACCUCCUCCUCCUCCUCGUCCACGCAAAGCGGCGGCAGCGGCAACGCAGGGCGGCUCGCCGACUCGCUGGCGCACGCGCACAUCUCGCACUUGGCGCACCUGGCGCACACGCACAUGGGACCGGCGCAUCUGCAGCAGAGCCACCUGGUGCCCUCACACCACGGCAUCGGCCACCUGUCUCUGAAGAGGAAAGGAGCACUGAGCGUCGCUGAGAAUGGAGGAUCUUUGCGGCGGUCCUGUGAGUUCGGCUCCGACAUGCUGUGGCCGCCACCGCUGGAGUCUGACGAAAACCACUCGGGCCCGCCGGAUGUGACAGGCUACUCGUCAGACUCGCCUCACUCCCACACAGAGCGCCAUCCCAUGUCCAAUAUGGGCACCAUCGCCCGCAACACGCAGAAGUAUGGCAACGCAGAGCGGAUGGAGACCGGCGACGGCGUUCCAGUCAGCAGUCGCGUGUCGGCCAAGAUCCAGCAGCUUGUCAACACGCUCAAGCAACCUCGCCGGCCGCCGCUACGAGAGUUCUUUGUUGAUGACUUUGACGAACUUCUGGAAGUCCAACAGCCUGACCCCAAUCAGCCUCGUCCCGAGGGUGCGGAGAUGAUGCCGGUGCGAGGGGACGCCCUGGGGGUGGUCACCAACUGGCCCCCAUCGCUGGAGGCCGCCCUCCAACGCUGGGGCACCAUCUCCCCGAAAGCCCCCUGCCUCACCAGCCUGGACACGGCGGGCAAGCCCCUCUACGUUCUCACCUACGGGAAGCUGUGGUCGCGCAGCAUCAAGCUGGCCUACAACAUCCUCCACAAGCUGGGCAGCAAGCAGGAGCCCAUGGUGCGGCCCGGGGACAGGGUGGCGCUGGUGUUCCCCAACAACGACCCUGUGGCCUUCGUGGUGGCGUUCUACGGGUGCCUGCUGGCCGAGGUGGUCCCGGUUCCCAUUGAGGUGCCCCUCAGCCGCAAGGAUGCGGGCAGUCAGCAGAUUGGAUUCCUGUUGGGAAGCUGCGGCGUCACCGUGGCGCUGACCAGUGACGCCUGCCAUAAGGGGCUCCCCAAGAGCGCCACGGGGGAGAUUCCGCAGUUCAAAGGUUGGCCCAAACUGCUGUGGUUUGUCACCGAGUCCAAGCACCUGUCCAAGCCGCCCAGAGACUGGUUCCCUCACAUUAAGGACGCAAACAACGACACGGCAUACAUCGAGUAUAAAACGUGCAAAGACGGCAGCGUGCUAGGCGUCACGGUGACCAGGAUCGCACUGCUCACACACUGCCAGGCCCUCACUCAGUCCUGCUGCUACACUGAGGCCGAGACCAUCGUCAACGUUCUGGACUUCAAGAAGGACGUGGGCCUGUGGCACGGCAUCCUGACGAGUGUGAUGAACAUGAUGCAUGUGAUCAGCGUGCCCUACUCGCUGAUGAAGGUCAACCCGCUAUCGUGGAUCCAGAAAGUGUGCCAGUACAAAGCCAAGGUGUCCUGUGUGAAGUCCAGAGACAUGCAUUGGGCUCUGGUGGCCCACAAGGACCAGAAAGACAUCAACCUGAGCUCCCUGCGCAUGCUGCUAGUGGCCGACGGAUCCAACCCUUGGUCCAUCUCGUCGUGCGACGCCUUCCUCAACGUCUUUCAGACCAAAGGACUGCGAGCGGAGGUCAUCUGUCCCUGCGCCAGCUCGCCUGAGGCUCUGACGGUCGCCAUCAGGAGGCCAGUGGAGGACAGCAGUCCUCCAGGCCGCGGCGUGCUGUCCAUGCAGGGUCUCACCUACGGCGUGGUACGCGUGGACACGGAGGAGCGUCUGUCCGUCCUCACCGUGCAGGACGUCGGCACGGUGACGCCAGGAGGCCUGGUGUGCGUGGUGAAGCCCGAAGGCGUCCCUCAGCUCUGUCAGACGGACGAGAUUGGCGAGCUGUGCGUAUGCGCCAUCGCUACAGGCACGUCGUACUACGGCCUCACCGGUAUGACGAAAAACACAUUCGAGGUGUACCCGGUGAGCGGCAGUGGCGGGCUGGUGAGCGAGUACGCCUUCGUGCGCACCGGCCUGCUGGGCUUCAUCGGGCCUGGAGGUCUAGUCUUCAUCACGGGCAAGAUGGAUGGCCUCAUCAUGGUCAGCGGGCGCAGGCACAACGCCGACGACGUCGUGGCCACGGCCCUGGCGGUGGAGCCCAUGAAGUUCGUCUACAGGGGAAGGAUAGCCGUGUUCUCCGUGACCGUCCUGAGGGAUGAGAGGAUCGUGGUUGUGGCCGAGCAGCGGCCGGACUCCACGGAGGAGGACAGCUUCCAGUGGAUGAGCCGCGUCCUGCAGGCCAUCGACAGCAUCCACGGGGUGGGCGUGUUCUGCCUGGCUCUGGUUCCGGCCAACACUCUGCCCAAGACUCCGCUGGGUGGCAUCCACCUGUCCGAGAUCAAGCAGCUGUACUUGGAAGGGGGGCUGCACCCCUGCAACGUCCUCAUGUGCCCCCACACCUGCGUCACCAACCUGCCCAAACCUCGGCAGAAGCAACCAGAGAUCGGCCCCGCCUCUGUGAUGGUGGGCAAUCUUGUGUCCGGCAAGCGGAUCGCUCAGGCCAGCGGCAGAGAUCUGGGACAGACGGAUGACAACGACCAGUUUCUCUUUCUAUCGGAGGUUUUGCAAUGGCGAGCUCAGACCACCCCGGACCACGUUCUUUACACGCUGCUCAGCUCUCGGGGGGCAGUCUCCAGUUCCCUCACCUGCCUGCAGCUACACAAGCGGGCGGAGCGAGUGGCCGCCCUGCUGAUGGAGCGAGCCGGUCUGCAGGAAGGAGACCACGUGGCUCUGGUCUACCCACCAGGUAUCGACCUGAUCGCCGCCUUUUACGGCUCCCUGUACGCCGGCUGCGUCCCCAUCACGGUGCGACCGCCUCACCCACAGAACAUCUCCACCACGCUGCCCACCGUCAAGAUGAUUGUGGAGGUCAGCCACUCGGCCUGCGUGAUGACCACGGCCGUCAUCUGCAAGCUGCUCCGCUCCAAAGAGGCCACGGCCACGGUGGACAUCAGGAACUGGCCGCCCGUCCUCGACACCGAUGACCUGCCAAAGAAGAAGCCUCCAGCAUUGUACAAACCCACCAACCCCGACGGUUUGGCGUAUUUGGACUUCAGCGUGUCGACCACCGGCAUGCUGGCCGGUGUUCAGAUGUCCCAUAAUGCCGUGGGAGCGUUCUGUCGCUCGGUGAAGCUGCAGUGCGAGUUGUACCCGUCCAGAGAGGUGGCCAUCUGCCUCGACCCGUACUGCGGCCUUGGCUUCGUCCUCUGGUGUCUCUGCAGUGUCUACUCGGGCCACCAGUCCAUCCUGAUCCCGCCGGUGGAGUUGGAGUCCAACCCGGCGCUGUGGCUGCUGGCCGUCAGCCAGCUGAGGGUGCGAGACACCUUCUGCUCCUACAGCGUCAUGGAGCUCUGCACCAAAGGUCUCGGCCUGCAGACCGAAACCCUCAAGGCCCGCGGUCUGGACCUGUCCCGGGUUCGGGCCUGCGUGGUGGUGGCCGAGGAGAGGCCCAGGAUGUCCCUCACGCUCUCCUUCUCCAAACUCUUCAAAGAUCUCGGCCUGCACCCGCGUUCGGUCAGCACGGCGUUCGGCUGCAGGGUCAACCUGGCUAUCUGCUUGCAGGGCACGUCAGGACCGGACCCCACCACAGUCUACGUAGACAUGAGGGCGCUCCGCCAUGACAGGGUGCGAUUGGUGGAGAGAGGAUCUCCUCACAGUCUGCCUCUGAUGGAGUCUGGAAAGAUCCUGCCUGGAGUUCGCAUCAUCAUCGCCAACCCCGAGACCAAAGGACCUCUGGGGGACUCACACCUGGGAGAGAUUUGGGUGCACAGCGCUCACAACGGCAGCGGCUACUACAGCGGUUACGGCGAGGAGGUCCUCCAGUCGGACCACUUCAACUCCCGGCUGAGCUUCGGAGACACGCAGACCGUGUGGGCCCGGACGGGCUACCUGGGAUUCCUCCGCCGCACCGAGCUCACAGACGCCAACGGAGAGAGACACGACGCUCUGUUCGUGGUGGGCGCCUUGGAAGAGGCCAUGGAGUUGCGGGGCAUGAGGUACCACCCCAUCGACAUCGAGACGUCUGUCAUCCGCGCACACAAGAGCAUCAUGGAGUGCGCCGUGUUCCCAUGGACCAACCUGCUGGUGGUGGUGGUGGAGCUGGAGGGCUCGGAGCAGGAGGCGCUGGACCUGGUUCCCAUGGUGACCAAGGCGGUGCUGGAGGAGCACUACCUGAUCGUGGGCGUGGUGGUGGUGACCGACAUCGGCGUCAUCCCCAUCAACUCGCGCGGCGAGAAGCAGCGCAUGCACCUGCGCGACGGCUUCCUGCAGGACCAAUUGGACCCCAUCUACGUGGCCUACAACAUGUAGCGUGCGUGCGUGUGUGCAUCGUGCACUCUGCACUCGUCGCUUCCUCUUUCUUCCUCGUUAGCUGACAGACUGCUCCGCGGACGUCGUGUGAGUGACCUCCGCCGGGGAAGCCUCGUGGGAACGGAGGGAAAAGCAGUGAGGAGCUUCUUGUAAAAAUAUAAAUAUUGUACAUUGACAUAACGAUCUAUAUGGAGAGGAACCUAAAAGACCAGGAGGUGUCUAGUAGCCCCUUUAUGCAGCCCUCUCCCCACCCCUGCAGACCCCCUGUGAGUGUGCGUGCGUGCGUGUGCGUGUGAGAAAGGGACAUUUAGUGUCGCUUCAGUGGGAAUUCCAAGUGAUUUCAGCUGACAUCAAUAAGGUUGCAAAAUUCUGGGAAUUUGGGAAACUUUCCAUGGGAAUUAAUGGGACUAAACAAGGAAUUUGAAAUUGAAAGUUGGCUCUUAAUAGGGAACUUAAGUAUAGUUUGGGAUAAAAUUAAGAGGCCGCUGCAAAAUUAUCAGUUUCUCUGAUUUAGCUAUUUAUGGUGCAGUGCUGCCUUGAGAUACGAGUGACCCAACUAACUUUUCUAGAUACGAGCGAUGUAGACGAUUAAUAUAACAAAACUCACAGGCAUAUAUGCUUUAUCCUCUGUGAAGAACGACUAAUCUUAGUACAUUUAACUGAGGAAUGAAGUCAAUGUAUAUCCGUAUGUCUGUAUUAUACUAACCCCAGGUGGCCAAGGUGCGCACACCAGAAGGAGCAGCACAAUGUCAAUUGAAUUGAAGCAAAAAGUGUGACAAAAAUUCUUUACAUUCCAUUAUGUCAUUACUGUAUGUUUUUGUAAAGUACAAUAAUACAGAGUGCUAUUUAUUCUCCUAUAAAAACACAUUGCAAAAUGUUUUAUUAUUUUGUUCUCUUAAUUUUUUCCACAGCUGUAUAUUUUAGCUGAAUUGUAACUAAAACAACCAAAUUUCAUGCAAGUACAGCCGUACCUUGACUUUGAAGUGCCCCAACUUGUGAAUUGUUCAAGCUACGCGCAAUUGCUAGUUUCAUUUUAUCAUCUGAAAUUUGAGUUGUGAGUGAAGUGAAAAAUAUGGAGCAGUUAAGGUGCUGUAAUGCCCUCGCAUGUGAGCAAGAGGAGCUAUCUAUUUUGCAUGGGGGUCUGCUUAUGACAAAACAAAAUGUUUAUAUUUAUGCUUGAAUAUACAUUUCCAUUCAGUUACCCUCGAUUCCCAGUUAAUUCCCAUGGAAAGUUUCCAACUUGGAUUAUUUCCAUAAUUCCCCACCUUAAGUUCCCAUGGAAAUUGUUCACCCCUUUACAACCUGAGUCAUCAGGUGUUCCUGUGGAGAGAAAAAAACAGGACAAGCACUCGGAGUUGCAGGUGGAGGAGCUUGGACCGGAGGUGUGACGUCCAUGCAAACACGUCAACAUGUUGACGCGUCACUCAAGGUCAGCAAGGAAGAAAAAUGAUAUAGAUGGCGGCUCGAAGUUUCCAUCCAGUUUUGUACGCUGUCUUAGAAAGUGUCGUUUACAUCAGUGGUUCUCAAACUGCGGCCCUGGAUCCCCUGGGGUACACAAGCCUAAGCUUUGGGGUCUGCAAAAUAAAUUACAGCGAACCCCCACAUAUUUGGGGUUCAGCAUUCGCGAAUGAAUUUGCAAACACAUCUUUAGUUUUUUUGGGGGAACCUAUCUUCCGUUACUCGCUUUGGGGCAUCCUGGUGCCAAUGACCAAUGUUGAAGUGAGUUCAGGAGCUUCAUUUAGACAAAAUUAAUGCUUUUCCGCCAUCUUGUGCCAUCUUGGUGCCAAGGAACUAUGUUGACGUAAGUCGAGGAGUUUAAUUCAGGCAAAAAUACCGCUUUUCUGCCAUCUCGGAGCCAAUGAGUUAUGUUGAAGUGAGUUGAGGAGCUUCAUUUAGACAAAAGUAGUGCUUUGCCGCUAUCUUGGUGCCAAGAAAUGAUCUUGAAGUGAGUUGAAUGUCAUUUAGGCAAAAGCACUGUUUUGUGCCAAGGAACUAUGUGGAAGUGAGUUGAGGAGUUUAAUUUAGGCAAAAGUACUGCUUUGUUGCCAUUUUGUGGCAUUUAUAGGCAAUUAUAAACCUUUUUAAGGUUGGGCCUCAAUCAGAUUAAUUUUGUCAAUGCGGUUAAAUUCUUUUAAUCAGCUCAAGACUAUUUAGGUUGAAACAUUUGAAAAUGUAUUUCCUAUGGCAUUGAUAGUUACGUUUAACUGGAAGAUUAUGAGAGGCGUCCUUGGAAAGAUUUCUCCCCUCAAAGGGAUCCCUGGGCCCGGAAAGUUUGAGAACCCCUGCUUUACACGGAGAAGCUGUUACCGCUAGGCUAAUACUGUAGCAAUAGAAGACCCAAAGUUUUAUGUGUGACAGACAAAGUGUAACAUUUUAUUUUAGACAGCAACAACUAGUUGGUCCUUUACAAGCCGGUGGGGAAAAGAAUGUCACUUUACUUUUCCGAGCUAAAACAGUUUGCAUGAUUUUUUUUUUAAAAGUGACUUUUCAAAUGUCCAACGGCAUCGCAGCAAAAGAUGCACUUUUGUUCCUCAUUAUUCUCUGGCCGCAUUCCAUUGAAUGACUUGUUGAAAUGUUUUUUUUUUUUCAUGAAAUUUUAACCUUUUUACUAUGAAUGUCAAAACAUUGAAACUAAUUUUUACCAGUUACAUACGCCUCACCACUACUUGAUAUAACUUGAAAUCGUUUUGACUGAGAUGAGCAAAUUGUCCAUUGGUGGGAAUGAUUGAUCGUUUGUCUCUACGCGUCCUGCGACUGAGUGACAACCAGCACAGCGUUACCGCGCCUCUCGCCCAAAGUCAGCUGGCAUCGGCUCCAGCUCACCCACAACCCCAGUGAGAAAAAAGCGCAAGAGAAACCGGACGGGUGGAUGCAUUUCGUUUGUCAUUAUGAUUUGAAAAAGUGGCAUUUAAAAUGUCUGACUGUAUUACAGCGAAAGAUUUUAUUCCUCAUAAUGUGGCCACAUUUCUUUGAAUUUAUUGUUUUGAAAUUUAACCUUUUUACUCAGAAAUUAAACACAUUUAGACUAACUUAUCACUUCUAUACUCCUUACCACCACUUGAUUUGACUUGAAAUCACGUUGAGAAGAAAUUUUAGGAAAGUCGUGUGCGUGCGUGUUUUGCUCCAAAACACUUUGCUGUCUCUUAUGUGCACUAACUCAGAUGUUUUAUUCAAAAUCUAGAACGGGUGGAGAUUAAAAAUUAAUAUUUAUUACAAAUAAAAACUUGAAUAUUGUCAGUCCAUCCCAAAGGUGGCGGUGGUGUUGGUGUUGGCUAGCGCGGCGCUGUUAGCGUAGUUAGCAGUACGCCGCAGACUGUGACGCAGAUUAUGUAGAAUAUUUUCAAAAUGUGUCAUUGUCUUUUAUUUCAAAAGUGGAAACUGGGGGGAAAAAAAGUCUUUAUGCAUAUCAGCUAGUUUAGCGAUGCUAGCAGUUUAGCGGCCGUGCUAAGUUAGCCGCCGUGUUUGUUCAAGCGCGACAAAAGACGUCCCAUCAAGUGUGCGUGUGUUGGUGUGUGUGCGUGUGUAUUGUAUGUAAAUAGUGUUGAUUUUGUACGGUACACGUGUGUGACUUGUUUUGUACACAUGACUUCAAAAGAUGAAAUGACACUUUUAUAAGAGUCUUCUAUUGGCUCACAUCACACUAUACAAGUGCAAUAAAGUGCUCUGAUUGGCUAAAGAGA